UCUCUCUCUCUCUCUCUCUCUGGAAUGUACUAUUCUUGCACGGGUCAUUGCAGGGGAAGCGCUGAGAUGGGUUUCUAUUUGGCGCUUAUCUGUCUCUUUUUCUCUUUCUUUCAUGAAUUGGGUGGUGGUACUUUUUCUUGCAUUUGGAUGCAUUUGUGGAUUUCAUGAACUGGGUUUUGUCUGAUGGUUGUUUUUUGUGUCAUUCUUGUUUGAUCUUUUGUUAUAGAGCGGACACAAAGAUCUGCUUCGUGUGUGUUUCGUAUUUUUUGGGGUUGAUUUCAUCCAUUUCUUUUAAUCUUCUUGCGUUUCCUUCCCUGUUUCCCUUCUUAAUUAAGAGUUCGCACCUUUUUAUUGAAUAUGGGAGCAAUAGCAACUUUCUUUCUAUUGGGAAUAAUCCCAUGUUGAAAAACUCUUAAGACCCAGUAUGAAUUCAUACAGAGCCCUCCACUUUACAAUUUAAGACUUUGGAUUGGAUACGAAGUUAAUGAUACAUUCAUGUAAGGUCACUCCAAAGAUUGGAAAAUAAUGGCAAUUCGUCCACCUAACAGCUUAAACUUUUGAUUUGAACACUUCAACACUCUCUUUUCCUACUUAGAAUCUAGGAUUUCUAUUGUCUGAGCCUCAAGUUUUGAAUCAUUAUAUGUCAACACUUGUCUGGCAACUCAGAGGCAUGGUCUUAUACUUUCUGUAUUCCACUUUUGGGCUCUUAUGUCUCUCUUUAUUGGAAUUUUGAUCCAUUAGUUCCCUCUUAACUGGGUUAAUUAGUGCACUUUUAAUAAGUACAGUGUGUCGUAAAAGAAGGGCAAACCAUCCUUCUUCCCCGUUCUUUUUGGAGCAUUAGUUGUUUGAUUUACCUCUGAGUUCUCUGUACUCUCUGAACAUUCUAUCUGCGGAGCUUGGUUGAUUCUUUCUUGCUCCUUCCCCCCAUUUUUUUUUUUAAAAAGAGAUCUUAGAUGUUAAUUUCUAAGCCAUCAAAGUCAGUCUCAUAUUAAUUAUUUUUGGGUCUUAUUUCUUGUAGUUUAUGAAUCCAUAUGUUUUUCUCUAUUAUAGCACCAAAUAAUGGAGAUGUACUUCUUUCAUACUGCUGAAACAACUAAAGAGAUGAUGAAGCAAAAACAAUAGUCACACUCACAAGAUAACAUCUUUCUAAUUGUCAUUUCACUUGUCACACUCACAAGCUAACAUCUUUCUAAUUGUCAUUUCACUUGUCCUUUUUUAAGCCUUUGGUUCACCAUCUGGGAAUUCAUAUUAUUUCACCUGUCCUUAAGUUUGCUAGUUGGAAAUUAGUAUCUGCUAGUUUGGCAUCUGAAUCUCGACCAUAAUCACUAGUCAACCUGUCUCUCUGGUUCUUACCAAAAGAAUAAAAAAACCUGUUUCUCAGGUUAAUAGGACAUUUCUCAGAGGAUCUUUUUGGGGCCUUUACCAUCUUUGCUGGGGGUUAAGUCCACCCUAAAUAAUCUUAACCAUCAGAUUCAGGGUUUGUUUCCUGUGCUCAUACCCUUUUCUGGUAACUGUGAUUCAGAGUAAUUCAGGAUUAAACUUAAAUUGCCUUGUUUUUACUAUUAUAUUAUGAACACUCUUUAGCAAGUGUAGCCAGUGAUUGUUUCUUUACAAUUGUUUGCUUGAACUCUGAUGGCAUGCACACCACUUCAUAUUUCUGCUGGUUACAAUAAUGUCGAGAUAGUUAAGCUUCUGCUUGAUUGGCGAGGAACAGAAAAGGUUGAGUUGGAGGCCAAAAAUAUGUAUAGACAAACCCCAUUGCAUACGGCUGCAAAGAAUGGUCGUAUUGAUGCAGCAAAAGUGCUUCUUGAUCAUGGUGCUAUUGUAGAGGCUAAAGAUGAUAAUGGAAUGACUCCCUUGCACGUUGCAGUAUGUUACGCAUACCGUGCUGCUUUUUCCCCAAAUGUCGAGUACAAUGGUGAUCAUUUCCUAACUGUGAAGACAUUGCUCGAGUACAAUGCUGAUUGCAGUGCCAAGGACAAUGAGGGCUUUACUCCACUGAAUCAUCUAUCACUAGGUCCACAAGGUGAAAAGAUGCGGGAGCUUUUCCAUUUGCAUAUUAAACAGAAGAGGAGAAGCGAAGCCAUUGGACCCCGCGGUGACAUGAAAGAGAAUAUGGAUAAAAUUGAAGAGACAUUAGCAAAUCUUGUGGGGUUGCAUGAGCUCAAGCUACAACUACGAAAAUGGGCUAAGGGAAUGCUCUUAGAUGAGAAGCGGAGAGCCCUUGGGCUAAAAGUUGCUGCACGGAAGCCUCCUCAUAUGGCAUUCCUUGGAAAUCCUGGAACAGGUAAAACAAUGGUUGCUCGAAUUCUUGGAAGACUACUCUAUAUGGUGGGAAUUUUACCUACUGACAUAGUAACUGAAGUGCAGAGGAGUGAUUUGAUUGGAGAAUAUAUUGGGUAUACAGGACCCAAGACUAGAAGAAAGAUCAAGGAAGCAGAGGGAGGAAUUCUCUUUGUGGAUGAAGCCUAUCGUCUGAUACCCAGUCUGAAUUCUGAUGAUAAGGACUAUGGGUUGGAGGCCUUAGAGGAGAUCAUGUCUGUCAUGGACAGUGGAAAAGUCGUCGUCAUAUUUGCUGGCUACAGUGAACCAAUGAAUCGGGUAAUCUCCUCAAAUGAAGGUUUCCGCAGAAGAGUGACCAAAUUCUUUUUCUUUAGUGACUUCAGUUCUAAAGAACUAGCUCAGAUGCUCCUUCUAAAUCUGAAAAAUCAAGAAGAAUGCAGUUCACUGUAUGGGUUCAAGUUGCACCCAUCAUGUACUGUGGAUGCCAUCACAUAUCUGAUAGAGAAAGGAACGACAGAGAAGCAGCGCAAGGAAAUGAAUGGAGGCCUAAUAGAUUCAUUGCUUGUCAACGCUAGAGAGAACCUGGACCUUAGGCUUGAUUCUGAUUCUGAAGAUGCAGAUAAGCUAAUUACAAUCACCCUUAAAGAUCUAGAAGCAGGCCUUCGGUCGCUAUCCCAAUGAGCGGGGUUGAGUCUAAAAUCAAAUAUGCAUUUGCCCAUUGUUGCCAUUGUGUUUCUGUUCUGCUUUUGAUAUUCAUUGGAUUCAAGUCUAGAAGGGAAGGGAUUGAGUCUGGUUAAAUGUUUCUUGAUUUUGAACAGAUUACUCCCAAUUUAGGCCAUUGCCUAUGUAUAAAAUUCGGUAUAUGAAUAAUAUGCAAAAUCAUUACAUCUGCUACA